AUGGAGGCAUAUUUCCAAUGGGAUUUACCAAAGAGGCAGCAGAUAGAAAUUCAAAGGCGGGAUCAAAUGUCAUUAGUUUUGAAAGCAGGCAGUGAAAGAGCUUUGUUGAACCGUUUCCUGAUUGAAUUACACAAAUUGGAUAGCGAUGUACUUGUGGGGCACAAUAUAUCUGGGUUCGACCUGGAUGUUCUUCUUCACAGAGCUCAGGCUUGCAGAGUGCCUAGCAAUAUGUGGUCCAAACUAGGCCGUCUCAAGCGCUCAGUCAUGCCUAAGCUUACCAAAGGAAACACCACUUUUGGUUCCGGAGCAAGUCCAGGGAUCAUGUCUUGCAUUGCCGGCAGGCUUUUAUGUGAUACCUUUCUGUGUGCUCGUGACCUAUUAAAAGAGGUUAGCUAUUCUCUAACACAACUUGCAAAGACUCAGCUAAACAAGGAUCGGAAGGAGAUUGCUCCACGUGAUAUUCCAAGGAUGUUUCAGAAUUCCGGAUCCCUUCUGGAACUUAUAGAAUAUGGUGAGACAGAUGCAUGGUUAUCAAUGGAACUCAUGUUCCAUUUGAGUGUUCUUCCCCUCACACGUCAGUUGACUAACAUAAGUGGUAAUCUCUGGGGGAAAACUCUGCAGGGUGCUAGGGCCCAAAGAGUAGAAUAUCUCUUGUUGCAUGCGUUCCAUGCGAAGAAAUUUAUUGUUCCCGACAAGUUCUCUUCUCAGUUAAAGGUUUUGAAAGUGACAAAACGUAAAUUGAAUCAUGAUGCUGAAGACAAAGCAAUUGAUGAUUUGGAUGUUGAUGAUGCUGAGAUUGAGUCUCCACAUAAUGAACAAGAGAAAACGAGAAAGGGGCCUGCUUAUUCGGGUGGAUUGGUGUUGGAGCCAAAAAGAGGUCUAUAUGAUAAGUAUAUAUUACUUCUGGACUUCAACAGUCUCUACCCCUCCAUCAUUCAGGAGUACAAUAUAUGCUUCACAACUGUUCAAAGAUCUCCGGAUGGAUCUGUUCCCCGCUUACCAUCUAAUAAAAGGCCUGGACUGCUACCUGAGUUGCUGAAAAAUUUGGUUGAGAGAAGGAGAAUGGUGAAGUCAUGGUUAAAAACUGCAUCUGGUCUGAAGGUCCAGCAGCUUGACAUACAACAGCAAGCGCUGAAGCUCACUGCAAAUAGAUUCUAUGCAAAGCCACUUGCAGAGCUUAUAACACUACACUUGCUGAAAAAUUUGGUUGAGAGAAGGAGAAUGGUGAAGUCAUGGUUAAAAACUGCAUCUGGUCUGAAGGUCCAGCAGCUUGACAUACAACAGCAAGCGCUGAAGCUCACUGCAAAUAGAUUCUAUGCAAAGCCACUUGCAGAGCUUAUAACACUACACGGAUGGGAGAUCCUACAAAGUACUGUUGAUCUUGUCCAGAAUAAUUUAAAUUUAGAGGUACAAGAGGAUAUGAGGAAUGGGCAAGUGCCACUGGAGAAAUAUGUCAUUACAAAGUCAUUGACUAAACAACCUGAAGCCUACCCAGAUGCGAAGAGUCAACCUCAUGUUGAAGUAGCACUUAGAUUGAAGAAAAGUGGUUAUGUCACUGGUUGCUCUGCUGGAGAUACAGUUCCUUAUAUAAUCUCUUGUGAGCAGGGAAAUGGUUCCAGUAGUUCAACAGGGAUUGCUCAGCGGGCAAGACAUCCUGAUGAACUGAAAACAGACAACGGAAAAUGGAUAAUUGACAUUGAGUAUUACCUGGCACAGCAGAUUCAUCCUGUGGUAUCACGUCUAUGUGCAUCAAUUCAGGGUACAAGCCCAGCACGCUUAGCUGAUUGUUUAGGGCUUGACUCAUCCAAGUUCCAAAGUAAAUCAAGUGAAGCUGUCAACAACGAUCCUUCCAUCUUACUUUUAUGUGCAGUAGAUGAUGAGGAAAGAUACCGGGGUUGUGAGCCUUUGGUUGUGUCAUGUCCCAGCUGCUCUGGUACUUUUGAUUGCCCACCUGUAUUCAGUUCCGUAUGUUUAUCAAUCAGUGGAAAGCCAACAGACGCGCAAGCAGGGGGUUCCACCAGCAAUUUCUGGUGCAACUUGCAUUGCCCUAAAUGCCCAGAGGAAGGCGAAGGGGGUAGAAUAUCUCCUGUACUGAUAGCCAACCAGCAAGAGAUCCAGAGGGAAAAUGUCGUGGCAUGA